UCGUUUUACCACUUCGGCGAGGGAACCAACCAACCGGUCACCAUGUACACCAAGAUUCUCCUGUGCUGCCUUGUCGCCUACGCCGCUGCCCAGCAGGCGAACCUUGACGGCCCACCACAGCCAUACAGCUUCAGCUACGACAACACCGACGAGUUCGGCACCCGCAUCUCCCAGCAGGAGACCGGUGACGAGAACAACAACAAGGUCGGUUCCUACAGCUACGUCGACCCGAACGGAGUGACCCGUACCGUCAAGUACACCGCCGACGCCGACGGUUUCCACGUUGUGGUCGAGACCAACGAGCCAGGAACCAAGACCUCCAACCCAGCUGACGCCCAGUACGUCGCCAACCCCAUUGAUGUCCCCCAGCCUGCUCCAGUUCUGGCUGCCAAGCCAGUUGAGGUCAAGGUCGCCGCCGUGAAGCCCGUUGUUGUGCAGGCCGCCGCCCCAGUCGUCCACGCAGUGCACGCCGCCCCCUUCACUGUCCACGCCGCCCCAGUCUCCUACGCCACUGCCCACCACGUGACCCCGAUCACCGUCUCUGCCCAGCCACUGACCAUCGCCCACGCCCCACUCACCUACACUCUCUCCAAGAGCGCCUAGGUUAUUUUGAAAGGUACGCAGUAGCAAUGUCCAGGAUGUCACGGAGGACCUCCGCUAAGUCCUGAAGCGAAAGUCAAGAUGUUCGAGUCAAACAAGCAGACAAAUUAUUCUUAAAUGAAGAUUUCUGUUAUUUUUUUCUGGUAGGAUAUAAAUAAAAAUUCUUACA